AUGAGUGAGUCGAAAGGGGCUACUAUUCUUCUUUUUGAUGUUGAUGGCACUUUAACAUUACCACGUCAGAAAAUGGAUCCAGCGAUGAGCAAUUUCUUGAUGGAAGUGCACAAAACAGUACCUUUAGCGAUAGUGAGUGGUUCUGAUUUGCCGAAAGUGGUCGAGCAAUUAGGAGAAAACUUAGAAGAUGGUAAAAUAUUGACGUGUACAAAUAGAAAAAUUCUGAGUCGUUUUAAUUACGUGUUCUGUGAAAAUGGACUUGUGGGUGUCAGUAAAGGAACCACAUUUCCUGUGCAGGGGAUGCUGAAUCUCUCACCAAUAGGCCGAUGUUGUACUCAAGAAGAGCGGUUACAGUUCGUGGCUUAUGAUAAAGAACAUGGUGUCCGUCAGAAAUUUGUUAAGAGACUUCAGGAUUUCACGGAAGGAUGGAAUCUUAAUGUUUGCAUUGGUGGCCAAAUCAGUAUUGAUGUGUUUCCAUGUGGUUGGGACAAAACAUAUUGUUUACAGUUCCUGAACGAUUUUCACACAAUUCACUUUUUUGGCGAUAGGACCGCACCGGUUCGUCGUCGUUUCGUGUAUAAUUCUACCGAGUCAGUAAAAGACUUACUCUAUGUGUAUAGUUAA